AUGACCAUAACUAUCGUACCCCCCUCCAAAGCAGGUCACACGCCGACCCUCCUUCCCGACCUGCAAAGGCACCGAGAGCGAGAAUCAGGUCAGCCUCCAGGUACGCUAUUCCCAGGUCACAGGGACGCUCGAGCACCACCAGUUCCUCCUCCUGCUCCCCCUCCUCCUCCUCCUCCUCCUCCAAGCAGAGAUGGUGAAGGUCGACCUUGGAGUUGGAGGAGCAGGUCGUCGACGCAAGGAGCACCCAGGUCUGAUACUGGGUUUGGUCAGCUGGUGCGGAUCAAGAGGAAGGCCAUCGACUCGACCCACCUGUGGCCCGACGCGCUUGUGCCCUACACGUUCCAGCAGCCCGAACCCGACCGCCAGAUCGUGAAAGCGGCGCUGGCUCACUGGGAGAACCACACGUGUCUUCGGUUCCAGGCUGCCAACGACACGAAUUUCCCGCACCUGCAGUUCCGGAAGCUGUCGGGCUGUCGCAGCGGCGUGGGCAUCGAGGGCACGGGAGGUCAGAACAUUUCCAUUGGCGACAACUGUAAUAAGCUGGGCAUCGUAGUCCAUGAGGUGGGUCACGCUGUGGGCUUCUACCACGAGAUCCGACGUCCUGAUCGAGACGAGCACGUGGUUGUCAACGAGAAGAAUAUAUUGAAGGACGAAAGGUUCAAUUUCUACAAACUGCAUUGGCUCGAUGUUUCGAUCAAGUAUGAUCUGUCUUCUGUGAUGCAUUAUAAUACCUUGGAAUGGUCGGCCAACGAGCGGACGACAGUGGCCACCAAAGAUCCUAUGUUGCAAGGCCUCAUAGGCAUGUGGAAGAGGGAGACCUACGUAGGCCUCUCCCACCGCGAUAAGCUCCUGGCCAACACUAUUUACGGAUGCCUCGACACGUGGCUUGCAAAAUGCAACUUGAACCGGAAUCCUUGCAAGAAUGAAGGUUACCUGGGAGAAGGUUGCACGUGCAUUUGCCCGCCCGGCUCGGAGGGUCGACUUUGCGAAAUCGUCACGGGAGGCUAUUACGAUCACCUGAAGAGCCCGUGCAGCGUGGAGGUGACGUACCCGACCGUCAUUACUUCACCGAAUUACCCUAAUCAUUACGACGCAGGUACCUGGUGCGUGUACCGACUGCAGGGCGAGGAGUGCCACGCCCCUGAGAUCACCAUCCACGACUUCCAGAUGGGCCCGAGGGACUUCCGCGAUCAGUGCUUCCACGAUUACCUCGAGAUAAGGAAUGACACGCUCUAUGAUGGGGUCAUCAAGUGCGGGACGGACGUGGCUCGAGGCACGCGCUGGGUCGCCUCAAGCAACACCAUGAUCCUAUACUUCAAGGGCGAAGAAGGAGGACAUCGAGGAUUCAAGGCCACGGUGUCCUUCAACCCGAUUCCCGGAUGCUGCAGGACCCAUACCAACUCCUCGGCCUUCUUCCUGCACACGCCCGGGUAUCCGAAUCCGUACAAUGCGGAUUUCCAUUGCACGUACGCUGUGCCGCCGGAAGCCCCAGCGAAGGUAGUGGUGUCUGUAGUGAAGCGAGGAGGAGGCGGGGGAGGAGACCAGUGGACCUGCUCCCUCAGGCUUUGUCAGCCUCACGGACGCUGCAAUAGGCACUGUCGCGGACUAAGAAAACAGGGAUUGUCUCAAGAACAGACCAAAGAGGUUGUGUUGCCCAAUGUUGCGUCGUUGCACCAUCUGCAAUACAGCGGAGACCCGCCCCUGUUCAACGCGGAAUAUGCAGCUUAUCAAGUGGCAUUUGUAUUGGAGGAAUCUCCCUGUCACAAGAUCUUGACCGUGAACCGCACCGAACCGCAAGGCUGGAUCACCGUCGGCCCGCGGUUCUUUGAGCUGGUUCAGUGCGAGUGGUGGAUCGAGGCCGCGCGAGGAAGCCACGUCAAGCUAAGCAUCGUCGACCUCCAGCUGCCGGUCCACGAAGACUCCUAUCUAGUUGUCAACGAAGCUGGAGAGUCGUCUUACCCGCCCGCCACGACCCGAGUGUAUCCUGGCGACGGGGGAAACGUGCCCAAGUCCUGCGUGUCCUUGGAGCACAAAUUAUCGGUCGUACUGCAGGGGGAUUUCAUCACGGAGGUCACCUUGAAGUACGAGCUCUACGAGUGCAUAGACAAGGACGAAGAGUGCGAGUACUGGGCGGUGAACGGAGAGUGCGAGAAGAACCCGUUAUGGAUGAAGGUUUUUUGCAAGAAGUCCUGCUUGCAAUGCGAGUUCACGACCCUCUGCGACGACAACCACAACGACUGCGAGUUCUGGGCAAGCCACGACCAGUGUGAGGAGAACUACCUGUGGAUGCAAGUUCACUGCAAGCGCUCCUGUGGCCGAUGCGACGAGUGCUGGGACGCCAACAUCCUGUGUCCCGAGUGGGCCAACCUCGGGGAGUGUGAAGGAAACCCGUCUUACAUGAACCGCUUCUGCAGAAAGUCCUGUGGCCUUUGUCUCAACCUCAUCGCGACGACGGCGAAGCCCUCAGCUGGCCUCACUUCGGCGCCGUCGUUCCUCCCGACCGUCGCCGGGCCUCGCUCUACGACCACCACCACGACGACCACCACGGCGACGCCCCCGACGCUCACUCCCAAGCGCAGGCCGGGCAAGAAGGUCCCCUCGGGUCGCAAGGAGAAGGAUGACAAGGAGAACGAGACCUCGAAGCCCUCCAAGAACAAGGUCACGAAGACCCAGAGGAAGCCCGACCUGGAGCAGUACGAGAAGAACGACGUCAACAGGAUCUCGGACGACAAACGGAAGCCCAAUAUCUACGACCAGAAGCCACACGGCAAGCCCAGGGUCAAGAAGCCCUUCAGCAAGCCCCGGAGUCCAAAGCUGUUCAGGAUGAACAACUCGGUUGUGGACCAGGGACCUGAGGGCGGCAGACCUCCGGUGAACAGGAAUCUUCUGAAGGGCAACCAGACGCUGUCGUCUCUGCACAACAGGCAAGGAGGUCCCUAUAGACCGAAGAAGAAACCGGACCAGGCGAGACCAAACCUCAAGGCCGAGAACGAUUUGGACCAAGGACCUGGCACCGUCCGAGGCGAAAGAACACGCCACUCGCCCUGGCAGUCCAAGCCGAGGAAGGGGCUUCCUCAUCCCAGGCCGACAACGACCCCGCCGGACGUGCCUCGCCACUCUGCCCUCACGUCGGAUGCAGUUAGCGAGUCCAGCGAAGAGACAGAAGGAGGAAAUGAAACGCUGGCGCACGGAGGGGAUUUCAAGUCCCAAGGCCUCGCUGGAACGAAGCAUGCCGCCCGUAACGAGGCUUCAGUACACCCACACGCUUGUAGAGACCGGCCAGGAGGAUACAUAUGUGGAAGCAUCAGCUCUUCCAAUAGUAAAGGGGGAAGGGCGAAUCCUUACAUGAAGAGAAAUCCUAACAAAUCCAUUUUCAGAAGGAAAGACAACACAAGCAACAGAAGGAAUGCCAAUGGGACAAAACUCCAUGGCGGACGCGUCCAGAUGAAGAAGCACAAGAGGCAGAAGAAUCGCGGAAGAUUGCACAACAGAGACAACAAAGCUGAAAGGAACGUCACGGGCAGAGGUUUCCCGUUGACACACAAGCAGAAGAAGAAGUUUAAGAAAGGAAAGUGGAGAGGGCGCGACUGGAGGCAUCGGUCCCGCCACCCGAGCAAGGGAGGCCAGCGAAGCAAGCAAGAGACUUCUCAAGUAAGAAAGGCGCAGCAGGCAGAGGAUCUCGAGCAAGAGGCGGUGCGAGGACACCGGCGCUGGAACAGAAACAAGGGGAGACAGGCUGGAAGAAUCCAUCCAAAGAAGCACAAAGGAAGACGUCCUGGGCUGAACAGAACCAAUAACUCCACUGCACAUUCUAACAGAACCCAAGUACCCAUCACAACCCCAACUCCCUUAAAAACUUCCCCACACACAAACAUUUCAGUCUCUACCACAGAGGCAACAUUCACCACUACCCUUACUCCUGCCACGACUCAGAUCCCACUUACUUCUAAAUCUAGCCAAGUCCCAUCUAUCCCAACACCUACAGGACCUUCCACACUUAAAAUAGACUCAUUAACCAUUGAUACACCGACCGAGGACCUACUUUCCACUGACCUUCCCAUCGUAGAUCCCUCCGUACCUCAGACACCCGUGCCAGAUGUCCCGGAUUCUGUUUCACCCAGGCCUAGCGCACCCACCAAUACGACAGCGAAACCCAGGCUUAUGACAACUACACCACGCAACAACAGGACCGUGCCCACCCAUCGAAAGAAUAAACAUUCUCGGAAAAAAGGUCAACGGCGCAGUUCUCACCAAGAUCCCAAUCGUUUCCAGCCGUCCACCACCCCGAGACCUUUCGCGAAAAACGCAACUGUCCCUCCGCCCAACAACAGAAACGUCGCUGAAGAAGAAACGGCCUUGGCUCCACAGGGAGAACACCCCCACAGACACAACCACCAUGGAAAGCGGGGACGUCGACGCAAGACUGACAAGGACGAUGUGCAACACAACAGGAACAAGAAGGGCGCAGGGCACAGGUUUGAUAAACUGGAUCGCAACGCAACGCAUUCCGGACAGCAAAGGCACAGAGAUGGAAUGAGAAAGGUGGGCAAGAAUAAACACAAAUACAAAGCAGACAAACGCCAUGGAAAUGAUGAUUCUGUAGCUCGUCCAGGUGAGGGAAGGCUGCGCGUCCCACAUCAUCACAAUCAGGAUGGCGAAGAGUCUAAUAUUCAAGAUGGCUUAGAUGACCAAGAUGACGACCAAGGCACCUCCAGCAGCACGAACAAGGAGAGUCCCAGGAUGGAGGAGGAGGACGAAACCAUUACCGAAGGACAGGAUGAUUCAGAACCCGAGGAAGAUGACCGCCCAUUGGAAGUGGAUGGAAGUAGAGGACUUCACUUUAACGCCAAGAAGCAUGCCAAGGAUAGACACGGGCCUCGCCGAAAUAAACCAAACACCUUAAACCUAAACAGUACUUCUAAACCCCCCCUUCGUCGAAAAGGUAAGCAUUUCCUCAAGCGCACAGGGAAAACCGGGAAUCCCAGAUACGGUAAGUCUCGCAGAAACAAAGAGGCUCCUGAUUCCCACAAGAAGAAUGGCACCAUCGCCACCGCUCGUCCCAAUGUCAUCGUCACGGGCUCUCCUGGCCUGCACGAACAGAGCAGGGCCUCCGGACGAAGCGACAUAACCGAGAACCAAGUUUUGUCAACCGUAAAAUCAGGUCACCAUCACCAUUUCCCAAAGAGCGAGUCCCAUCAGCACGAAGAGGCCGAAGAGGAACCCGAAAGCAAUGCAGUCCUUCCGUUCGAUGUUGUGGACGAAGACUGGAAGAACAAGCAGGAAAUGCAGUUGGAUGCCACAAGCACUGUUUCGUCUCUAAAUCCUGAGAAGCUUCCGACUCAGACGGAGGCGGAGAAAGACCAGGAAGAUAGAAGUGAGAGUAAAAUCAAUGUGGAAAACGUAGGAAAGGGAGAGAUGAAAAACACAGAUGACAUUUUAGAGAAGGAAGAUGAAGACGAAGCAGGAAAUGAGGAAGGAGUCGCAGAAGGUAGUGAAGACGAAGGAGAAGAUGAGAAAGCAGAGGCAGAGGCGAGCGAAGACGAAGAAGAGGCAGACGAAAAAGCCGACACGGAGGAAGCGAAUGAAAACGAACACAAAACAGAGGAAACGUUAGACUUAGAGAUGACCGAAGACGAAGACACUGCUCAAGAAAGGGCGCCUAGAAGGUCGCCGGAAAAAUAUGCAGAAUGGGGCAUUGGACCGCUCAGACCCCCACACCGAAGCUCGCGGAGAUCCCGUCCGGGUUGGAGAUUCCAGAAGACUUUUUACAGACGAGGCCACGUCUACGAGGACAUCCGCAGGAAGGAGAAGUCAGGAGGGAGUGACUUCAUCGCCAGACCGUCGUUGCAGCCACCGAUUUACGAGACAAGGAGAGGCUAGAGGAAGAAGGCGAUUCCAUUUUUUUCGAGUGCAGGAUACGACUGAAAAUAGAGUAAUGGUUACUUCUGUUUCCCUUUCUCCAUCAUCAUCCUUCUACUCUUCCGUUUCUUCAAUUUUCUUUCUCUCUUUCUUCUUUCUUUUAAAGCCUUUCGUUUUUUUUCUGCCAAUUGUUUCUACCUUAUAUUUUCGAUCCCUUUCAUUUUCUCUUUUUCAAUGAUUAUUACUGCAACGGAUACGUAAAGAGAGAAGAAAACGCCGUUUUACUAAUGAAUAAAUAGAUAAAGAAAUAAAGGAAGAAAUACAUGAGUAGAUAGAUAAAGAAGACGGAAAGAAAGAACAGAAAGGGAUUUAGCAAAUAUCUUUGAAUUUCAGUGACUGAAAUACACAAGAAAUUUGUUUUCUGAAAAAGUCUUCUGGUGAUUGCUGAGGAGGUAAUUUAUCAUGAAUAUAAAGCACAUUUGCAUAAUAUGUGUACUUUAGGAUUAUGCAUGCAUGUCUGAAUAAUUGUGAUAGGUGUGUAUUGUACAUACAAAUAUUAAGAUGAUAGUUGGCUUGGAAGUCAAGUAUCUCGCUAGCGACUAAGGUGAACGAUUAGCUACUGUCAAUAGUCCUUUUAACGAGUAUAAUUUCAUACUAAGUUCGUCCUUUGCGGUUAAAGCCUGUUCUUAAUGUCUCGCCAAUGACAAUAUAUGUAGAGGAGCUUUAUAUGAGUGUGGGAAUACUCUUCUAUGGUCCUGUUUAAACGUGAAGAUUGAGUUUUUUUGAAUGAAAUAUACUUUGUCCGUUUAUUGUGAAUAAUAUGUUGAUUUUGCAUGGCAUUAAUUAUAUUUUGAACUUUCCGUAGUCAGAAAAAGUAUGUGUUUUGCAUUGGUCUUACUUGUAGGUGUACAUAUUUUGGUAAUUUUGACAUGAUUUUUGUUUUUUUUCUCUCUCUCUAAUCUUAGGUUCUCGCCACUGCCAGCAUUGAUAUAAGUUAACUAGGUAAUAAAUACAUAUCAGUUUUUA